GUGGAGUUCUGGGUGGGCACUCUGGGCCUCACAGUCCCAGAGGAAAGGCCUGUCCUCCAAGCCAAUGUGCAGCCUGACUCUGGGGCCAGCGCCUGAGGAAGCCCUCCCUGAGCCCCAGCCCUGGGGAAGGCUGAAGACGCCUCUGAGCCCCCAGCGCUGGGGAGAGCUGUGCAGAAUAGGACUGGAGGUGGAAGUGUUGGAGAUUAACAGCCAGAUGGAGGGGACGGGGGGAGGCCCUGGGUCAGUCCUCACGGAAUCCCCAUUCUGAAGGGGGAGAGGGAAACUCAGGCCCAGUCCUCAGGGGCCCCCAGUCUGAGAGGAAGGAGGACACAUGAGCCAUAUUUGCAGAGAAACACCAGCCUGCGAGAGGAGGUAGAAGCCCAGGCCUGGCCCUCCGAGGGCCCCUAGUCUGAGGAGCAGUCCACCUGCCCUCGGGAAAACACCUCCCUUAGGAAAGGCCAGCAAGGCCCCCGUAAAGGAGCCACAGCUGGAUCGGGGCAUGGGGCUCGGGGCCCAGCGGCGUGGGAGCUCCAGGACUGAGGUGCAGUCAGGAGAGACCCUGGGGGCCAGCGGCAGUCCAAGAGGACUUUUGGAGCCAAGGCCUGACUGAGUCUCAAACAAUGGGGCAGGCAGUUUGGGGUUUCAGCAGGUGGCCCAGUGCUGAGACACAAGGGAGUUGUUUCUGGUCUGCAGACACUGAGGACACUUGCUAUGUGGCGUGGUGGAUGGUGGCUUCCAAUUGUGGACAAGAUAAGGACCAUUGCCCAGGCUGUCUAUGGAGCCAAAGAUAUUGAACAUUGUCCUGAGGCACAAGUCAAAAUAGAUCGUUACACUCAGCAGGGUUUUGGAAAUUUGCCCAUCUGCAUGGCAAAGACCGAUCUUUCUCUGUCUCACCAACCUGACAAAAAAGGUGUGCCAAGGGACUUCAUCUUACCUAUCAGUGAUGUCCGGGCCAGCAUAGGUGCUGGGUUCAUUUACCCUUUGGUCGGAACGGUGCACCACUGACAUCAUUGCUCGGCUGGACUCUGGAAAGCAGGAAAUUGCUGGAGCAUGUUUGGGGCAUCAGUGAUGUCACCCGCUACGAAUGCCGGGUGGGGUUACUGGACUGAGGGCCAUGAAAAAAGAAAGCUGUGGCCCUGCCCCGUGGACUCACUGCCGUUCUGUUCUUUCUCACGUUUCAGUUCAGCUCACUUUGUUUUCCGUCCCCCUCCCUCUACUGUAAAAGUAUGUACUCAGUGUUUCAUUUCCUGCUGGAUCUGAUUCAGGUCAGUGAUGAAGUUCUUUGCGAGCUCAGUGGGGAGGCGUUUCCUCCCUUUCAUACCGGCCCUGCUUAGGGAUGCAUGGUUGGUUAUAUACUUGCUUCACUCGGUUAGGCAUGGAGGAGAAUUCAUUCAGACCUCAUAGGUUUAAAUCAAAUGCAUGACCCUUCACAUUUUCCAGAGAUUUAGACAGUUACAGUGAGACAACUAAACAUUCACCCCCCAAGCUGCACUUGGAGAUGUGUAAGCAGUAAUGUAGUCAUGCGCUCCCCAUGAUAUGAGAGUGUGCAGAACGCCACUCCGCACAGCAGGUCCACCAGGACCUCCUCAGGGAGCAUCUUGCCUACAAAAUCACCCAUCCCUUUUUCCCCACUCUCUUCACUUUCCCUACAUUUCCACUCCCACACCCACAAAUAAACAAAGAAACUUUGAGCUUAUUUUACAAAAGUCUUUGAAAUGGCCCUCCUCUCUCCGAUGCUCCUGGGCCCUGGUUUGGCCCCAUCUGUGCAGUCUCUCUGAUGAGUGUGAAAUAAGCCAGGUUUGGCUCAUGCUCUCCCUGUGAGCUUGCUCUCCCCGUGAGCCUGCCCUCUCCAUCUGGCCUCACUUUGUUUGUGUCCCUGUGUCCUUUUUCUCUGAUCCUGGGAUCCUGGUGGUUUCCUCCUCCCCGCCCAGCUUGGGUCCUUUUCCCCAGGGUUCUUCCCUAUCUCUACAUCAGAAUUUCCUGCUUUCUCCCAAAUAUGCAUUUCCCUGGCCCAGGCAUCCAUUGCUUCCUCUCAUCGUGAGGUCCCUGCAGCAGGCUGCCGAUGGUGUUGUGGCCAUGCCUUCCUCCACAACCCAGGGAAAGCUACAUGUGUGUCUGUCCCAUAGGGAAGGAGUCAUCCCUGUCUCUUCAGUGUGGCAUGUUCAGGAGGAAGGAAAGUAACCAGCGUCGUUCUCAAUUUCCGGAAACUGUUUAUCAUAUUGACAAGAAGAAGAAAGCUUUGUGACUCAUGAGAAUGAUGUUUUCCUCUCUGGUACAUAAGGUUAUGUAGGUCCAAUCCAUUGUGUAGAGGAUCUUUUCUCCCUUAAUGGGAUGUACACUUAUUUUUAGCACAAGUAUAAAACUACCUUAAAUGAAAUCAGCCUCAGCCAGGGAAAUAUGCUGAGUAAUAAUGUUGCCAGGUACUAUACCACUGAGUUGAGUUUGCAAUUCACUGCUAUUAAUCCCUGCGUGUUAGUUCUGAAUUUUUACCCUUUGCAUACGUAGAAAAAUGGUGUUUCUCUUCAGAGUCAAGGAGGGAAAAAAGAAAAGAUAAAAGACGCUUAUAACACUUUUGUGUCCACCCCUAAAAUCAGCAUAUUGAUCUACUAUUUUUCUAGGUAUUGAUGGAAUAUUGACUCAUAUACUUUCAUACAACUGGUAAUAUAUAUAUAGAGAGAGAGACUCAUUUUUCUUCUUCCACUUUCAUCUACAGCCUACUUGCUUUUCCCCCCAUUUUUUGUUUGGAUUCAUAGCAUAAAUUGACAACAAAGAUACAUCUCAAUUUAGAGCUUCCAAAAGGCACCCAUAAAAGUAUCUGGUGCUCAUGGAAUUUCUCUUUCUUCUGUGUCUCUUAGUUACACUUUUCUCUUAUUACAGUUUUCUAUCCAGCCGUGGCUAAGAGGCAUAUAAUCAGAAGCAGCUAAGCAAUGUAUGCAAGGGAAAUAAAAUGAACGCAAACCAAGAUAACCGGUUUUGUAAAUUAGAUAGCAAGGCCACCCUCAGAGUCAGUUUGAGGGUUUCGUGGGAAGCCUAAGAAAUAUAACUGAUAUAACUGAUAUAUUAUCAGUUAUAAAAAAAGUUAUAAGAAAAGGGUCAAGCUUUAAAACUGGAAUUGGCUUUUCAAAUUUAAUGAGCAAAAAGAAACCCCAAAACUGGAAUUGUAAUUGUGGAGAAAUAGAACUGAUAAUAUCUGGAACUUGCAGCAGUUUACAGGCUUAACUAUGUAUGUGUUCCUUAAAUUAUCCACCCGCAGAUAUCAGAUUACAAUAAGUCCUCACUUAAUGUCAUUGAUAGGUUCUUGGAAACUACCACUUUAAGCAAAAGGACAUAAUGCAUACGAAACCAGUUUUCCCAUAGUCUAAUUGAUAGGAAAAAGAGUUGAGUUAUGAAGCCAUACAGUACCUCGUUUGGCUUAAAGUCACUGUUUCCAAGAACAUAUCCACAAUGUUAAGUAAGGACUUACUGUAAAUGAAAAUAUUUGCAGUAAAUCGCUUUUGAGAGAAUUGGUUAUCACACUCUUCUCUGGGUAUCACUGAAAAUUCAGAAUGUUUAGUUACAUCAGGCUAUACUCACUGGUAUGAAAUCAGGGAGCAAGUAUAAAGUAGGUGUAGGGAAAUAAUUUAUGUUGGAUUAAAUGAUCCAAUGAAGGAAUUUUAUUAAGCCCCUAGAAAUCCCAGAAUGAAAAUGUAUAACUGCAUGACUAACCCCUGUAAGAAUUUGCUGGGGUUUCUGCAUUAAGUACGCUUCCCAGGCCAUUUGUAAUGAAGGUACCGUGAUCUGUUAAGGAAGAGACCUACACCUGGGAACAUAAACAGCCAAUUCCAUCCUGGACAUCAGUCUCCUGUUUGACUCAUUCCAACCCCAAGAAUAUGUUGUAGAGUGUAGGACCCAUGAAAGUUACCUACUGUGCUUCCCUGUACCUUCCAUCAUCCAGUUCCCAAACAUACCUGUGUUUCUUCUCUGAAUGCAUAGUUACUUGGGAUCCCAUGCUGUAUUAGUCUGUUCUCACACUGCUGUAAAGAACUACUUGAGAGUGGAUAGUUUAUAAAGAAACAAGUUUUAAUUGACUCAGUUUUGCAGGCUCUACAGGAGGCAUGGCUGGGGAGGCCUCAGGAAACUUACAAUCAUGGGGAAGGCAAAGGGGAAGCAAGUACAUAUUCACAUGGCAGCAGGAAAGAGAGAGAGUGAAGGGGCAGUGCCACACACUUUUAAACAACCAGAUCUCAUGAGAACUCACUAGCACGAGAACAACAAAGGGGAAAUUCACCCCAAUGAUCCAGUCACCUCCCACCAGGCCCCUCCUCCAACACUGAAGCUCAUAAUUCAUCAUGAGAUUUGGCUGGGGACAGUGCCAAACCAUAUCAUAUGCCUCUCCCAGGACUGGUGUUGGAGGAACAGUGCCUUUGUCACACCUACCAGAAUAUACUCACCCACCUCCAGACACUCCAUUUCUCUUUCAAGCACACCUCCUCACUUGUGCCGCCAGCUAAGGUUUACUGCAGUUACUUCCUUUGUGUGUCCUCUUACCUUACCAAGUCGCCUCACUCACCAUCUACUGUUAAUUAAAUUACCACCUCUCCCACUUCCCCACCUCCAGAGUAGAGACUGUGCCUUCAGUUCUCUUGGCCUUCCCACAAUGGGAAGUCUGGUGUGGAACAUACCCUAGGAGCCAACUAAAUGUGGUAGUGGCCUGCCAACCCUGCAGAGGGCUAGCAAAUCUUCAGGGAGUCUGCUGCUGGUGGAAACUCACCAGUACUAGAAUCCCAGGCUCCAAAGAAGUCUAGAAAAGUACGUCUUUUAAGGAGCUAAUAAGAGGUUCAAGUUUCCACAAAUCCUAUCUGCUCUUGGCCUAGUUCUUUUGGGAUCAGUGUGCUAGUCUCUCUUGUCAAACUAGUUACUGACCAGCAAGACUAAAAAACCAGGCCCAAACACAUUCUAUUCAUGUGCUUAGAUAUAGACCUAUGGAUCAAAUAUCCCACUGUAAAGCAAAAAAGCAAACUGUUUUUCCCUUGUACUCUCACACUCAACAAUAGCACACUUCUGUGGCUGGCUGUGUGGGGGCUUUUCCUUACACACCAAACAUUUCUCACAGAGACCAACUGGGUGUCCUCUUAUUCAAUUCAAUCCUGACACUGUCUACCUGCAGAUAGUGUCCAAUCCCACAGAUUGAUGGCUCGAUCCCAUGAGACCAGCCCCACUUCAAGCACUAAUUCCAAGUCCAGGAGACGCAUACUUCUGACUGCCUGGCUAAAAACUACAUCCACAGCCGGUCAUGGUGGUUCACGCCUGUAAUCCCAGCACUUUGGGAGACCAAGGUGGGUGGAUCACUUGAGAUCAGGGGUUUGAGACCAGCCUGGCCAACAUGGUGAAACCCCAUCUAUAUUAAAAAUACAAAAAUUAAGCUGGGCAUGGUGGCUCACACCAGUAAUCCCAGCACUUUGGGAGGCCGGGGCAGGCGGAUCACGAGGUCAGAUCAAGACCAUCCUGGCUAACAUGGUGAAACCCCAUCUCUACUAAAAAUACAAAAAAAAAAAAAAAUUAGCCAGGCAUGGUGGCGGAUGCCUGUAGUCCCAGCUACUUGGAAGGCUGAGGCAGGAGAAUGGCCUGAACCCAUGAGGCGGAGCUUGCAGUGAGCAGAGAUCAUGUCACUGCACUCCAGCCUGGGUGAGAGAGUGAGGCUCCAUCUCAAAAAAAUAAAUAAAUGAAAUAAAAUACAAAAAUUAGUUGGGUGUGGUGGUGGGCUCCUAUAAGCCCAGCUACCAGGGAGGCUGAGGCAGGAGAAUUGCUUGAACCCG